GCAACUUUCACAGUUGAAGAGAACAGAAGACACAGCGUUUCUCUUACUCUUUGCUAAAGGCGCUGCUAUCUCAAAGCCCAGCCAGUAUGUCUGCAUGGGAGGACUUUGACGUGAUUUUCUUGUUCAAUCCCAAUUUCGUGUACGAUGGGAAGCUCGUCGACCAGAUCCUCUCCAACCGCCGGGCGCUGGAGAAUCAACUCUUCGUUGACCGAUUGCUAGAGCUUCUGGGUCUCAAACCAGUCGCGACACACUACCCACCAAGGUCCAAUUCAGACCUCCGAAGUCUGGUCCAUCACAUAGUUUCCUCCUCGUUUCCAAGCCACCAAAAACAGGCAUUGAUAUACUACAUCCUCAAGGAUUGUCGCGGAUCCGGCGAUGCGGUGACCCAUUUUGCUCGUCGGUGCCAUUUGCCUGACCGGUAUAGACUGUUCAUCGAGGGUCUCUGGCACUUGGACCGACUGGAAUUCAAACGAGCUCUGGAAUACCUAUCGGAACCAGCUCUCAUCCCAACCUUCCCUGAUGAAAUUCUCUAUGUCCUCACACUUCCCAAUCUUCCAAAGCAAGAUGACAGUCUCGUGAUGGCAUAUUACUUUACGGUAUCCCCGCCUCUUGCAUCUGAGAAGGUUCGGACGGCAUUCUUCGACACGCUGUGCCGCGCCAGCAUUACGGAGGCGUUCUACUUUACCAGAGAACAUGACGAAUUGCGCCGUCGAAGCUAUCUAGAACAGCUCAUUAUCUUCGUCCACAAGGCUAGUCCCGGUCAGACGCGUAGCAAGCGCGCCAUGGAGCUGAUAAAUCUUCCGUUUGAUGAGAAGGAGGAGGCAUGGUUCGAGGAGGCUUUGCUCAAGGGCAACGCGAGAACACUCCCAGGUGCUCGGGACACGGCAAUGAUGCGACGUCUUGCGACCAGGAAGCUGGACGGUCUUUCUACAGAACUCGAGUCCCUUGGUGGGAAAAAGAUUGAUGGGUUGAAUUGGGAUGAUCUCAAGCAGAGAAUGAAAUCUGCUCAAACAUCGGAUGUCGCCCGUGGGUAACAGUUCUAGAAACAGCAUUGGUCAGAUGCAAGUAAUGUGUCCAGUUGCUUGUUUCUCCUUUUUUAUGCUCAUAAUGGCGGAUUUGGCAAAGGAGUUCCGGUUGCAAUAAUGGAGCAGUCUCAUAGUGACAGUCGGGAAUUGAAAUUUUAGCUGGUAAUACCCAUCAGAGCAGACAGUCAAAAUAUAUUUCCAGAAAUUUAAUGAAAA